GUCUUGCCACAACAUUCUCAGAACCUUCUCGGCACCUACAAGCAAACAUGGUGAAGAACUUCUCUGUAGACUGGCUGGCGCAGAGCCAUCACGACUCCCACCCAAAAGGACCUGUGGACACUGGAACUUUGGAUAUUAUUCCAAAUCACUUUCGACCUCACGUGCCUUGCAUGGUUCAGCCACGACAACCAACCUCUUAUAACAAGGUCCAUCUCCAGCCAAAACCAAAGGCCACAAGGAUUGAAUUAAUGGAUUCCAUAACUAAUUGUCAAAAGGCAGAAUCGAGGUUAUGUUCAUCUGUGCAUCCGGCCAUUUGCUCUUCCCCAAGUCUUUCAGAAAACAGCGGUUACUCUUCGGGAUAUGACAGCGAGGCUACCUCCUCGGAAUGUCCCUCCGUGGAGGAGGGGAGCGAGGAAGAGAGGGACGGGGCCAAACGACGUGCGCGUACUAGGUUCACGCCAGAGCAGAUCGAAAAGCUGGAGAGGAUUUUCUUCAAACACAAAUAUCCAGAGGCCGCGGAUCGAGUCAAAACUGCACUGAAGUUGAACCUCUCUGAAACUCAGGUGAGAACUUGGUUUCAGAACAGGAGGAUGAAACUUAAACGCGAGGCCCAAGACUUGCGCAUAGAAUGCCUCGUUCCGGUUCAGCCCAUGCUCCCAUUUCAGUCUGCAUACCUUCAACAGCACCUCCACCAGAUGUACCGGCCGGUAGUGCCACAUAUCCAAAUGCAACAGAUCGUUUCACCCCAGCACCAUCAUCUGAUGAUUCCCAACGCACAUUACUACUAAAGACGAUAUACAAAGACACUUAAACCAUAAUGCAAGAGUUAUUGUUGUC